UUCGACGAGGAUCCCGAUAAUUCCGCGUGCAAAGCCGCCAUGAAACUGCUAAGGAGACAACAGUAACUGGAAGGACUGCAUAGCAACACAGGUCUAGUAGAGGUGCCAUGGAUGAUGAAGAACGUCUUGAGGGUGAGGAAGAAAUGGAACUAGAUGAAGCCUCUGAUGGUGAAGAUGAAGAUGAGGAAACAACAGGAAUUCCUGUUUCUCCAGCAAAUUCAGAUCAAUUGCUUGGAGCUGCACCACCAACUCCUGGAAACAAGGAAGCACAAAAGUUUGUUUCUCUUGCAGUAACCCCAGAUGAAGCUUUUCAUGAUCCUCUACGGUACCAGAAAUUUCCACUCCCUGGAGGCAAACCUUUAAAUAUUAGGCGGGGUCCAGGUAGACCUAGAAAAGAACGUCCACUUGGAAUUACACGUGGUGGAGGUACCCGUAGACCUUUUGGAAGAGGAACUACUAGGGGGAAAGGUCUUGGAUAUGCAAGAGGUGUACCAAGACGUACCAAGAGCAAAGAUGAUGAUACACAUUCAGAAUCCCCAAGUCCUCUUCGUCUCGGUGAAGAUGCUACUCCUGAUGGAGAGACAUCUAACACUGAGAGAUGCAUGCCAGCACCAGAAGAACCACCAUAUUUUCCAGAACAAUGGCCAGGGAAAGUAUGUGCUUUAUGUAAUUUGGGUGAAAGAAGUCAAUUAGGUCAGGGUGAAUUGUUAAGAUUUACCUGUCCUGAAGGUUUCACCCCUGAGAAGUCAACCAAUCGUGACGAAACAACCGACCAUCUUGUUGAUAUAUCUACUGGAGACAAAAGUCCACGUGCAGCAGGUCCUGGUGCUGUGACUUGUCGUAGACAAAAGAGUCUAGCUAAGUGCAGGAAUACUAGUCUAACAAAUUUUUCGGAACCAGUGGAGGAAUUAACCAUAGUGGGAUAUUCGGAAGAACCGGAAAUAGGUACAUUAUUUGAAUCAACUGGGCACUAUUAUGUUCAUCAAUCUUGUGCAGUAUGGUCAAGCAAUACUCAAGACUUAACAACAGAAGUGUUGAGCCCAGCAAUAGUACAGGCUUCAUCAAGGCGUUGCGCUUUCUGUUCUCAUUAUGGAGCUGGAAUUCCUUGCAAAGUGGCAUCGUGCAAUCGUUAUUUUCAUUUACCAUGUGCUGCAGCUUCAAGUUGUUUCCAGGAUACAAAAAGCUUGUCCCUCUUUUGCAGUCAACACUUGGGACAGGUUCCACUUUUGUUGAACGGUGAUAUUACUUGUAUGCAGUGCUGUGGAAUGGGAGAUGUUUCCAACCUAGUAAUGUGUUCCAUCUGUGGCCAACACUAUCACGGUAGUUGUGUUGGUUUAGCACUACUACCUGGUGUACGAGCUGGCUGGCAAUGUGUAUCUUGCAGAGUAUGUCAAGUGUGUCGUCAACCGGAAGAUGUUUCAAAAGUAAUGUUGUGUGAACGUUGUGAAAAAGCGUAUCAUCCUAGUUGUUUGCGACCAAUUGUUACAUCUAUACCUAAAUAUGGUUGGAAGUGUAAGUGCUGCCGUGUAUGUACAGACUGUGGUUCGCGUACACCAGGCGCUGGUCUUUCAUCACGGUGGCAUUCUCAUUACACUGUAUGUGAUUCGUGUUACCAACAAAGGAACAAAGGUUUUUCGUGUCCUCUUUGUAGAAAAGCAUAUCGGGCUGCCGCGUAUAGAGAAAUGGUUCAAUGUAGUGCAUGUAAAAAAUUUGUUCAUGGUACCUGUGACCCUGAGGCUGAUCCAUUAACUUACCAACACCGUAAAGAAGCUAAACCUGACUAUGAAUAUGUUUGUCUACACUGCAAGAAUAUGGCACUUGUAAAAAGAAAAGAUAAUAUUGAUGAUUAUGGUGGAGAUUUGAGUUUAAGUGCGUCGCAAGAAAGUCUGUAUGGUGAUGGAGAUUCGUCAGAAUUUGAUUAUCAAGGAGGAUCAGAGGAAGCACUGUAUUCUAUAGGUCUUGGAAAAGGAAAACCGUUCUGUGCAUCUAAAAUUGCAAAGAAGCGGUUAGGACUCGGUGGUGGAAUAAUUGGCCGGCCAAAAGGAAUUGGUAAACUUGGAUACCAAAAGCGACAGAAGAUGACAGAAUUCGGAAGGAAGAGAGGCCCCAAAGCGAAGAUGAGAGGUAUCUUUGGAGUACCUGGUGUAGGAUUGCAGAGGCCAAUGUCAGACUCAUUUUCAAAAGAAGAUGAACCAGGCAUUGAAAAUAGACUUGUAUUAUGUUCUGCAAAAGAUAAAUUUGUAUUAACCCAAGAUAUUUGUGUGAUGUGUGGUGCAAUUGGCACUGACCAAGAGGGGUGUUUAAUUGCUUGUGCACAAUGUGGUCAAUGUUAUCACCCUUAUUGUGCUAAUGUCAAAGUUACUAAAGUAAUAUUACAAAAGGGUUGGCGGUGCCUUGAUUGUACAGUAUGCGAAGGUUGUGGUGAAAGAAAUGACGAGGGUCGUUUGAUAUUAUGUGAUGAUUGUGAUAUCAGUUAUCAUAUUUACUGCAUGGAUCCACCGUUAGAUUAUGUACCGCACGGUACGUGGAAGUGCAAAUGGUGUGCACACUGCCAAACAUGCGGUUCAAACGAUCCAGGAUUUAAUAGUAGCUGGCAAAAAAAUUAUACACAGUGUGGCCCCUGCGCAUCUCACACUGCCUGCAUAUCUUGUCAAGAAACAUACAGUGAAGGGGACCUAAUAAUACAAUGCAUUCAGUGUGAAAGGUGGUUGCAUUGCGCGUGUGACUCAAUUAAAAGUGAAGCAGAAGCUGAAAAAUGUGCGGAAGAAGGUUAUAUUUGUAUACUUUGUCGUCCGAGAGAUAUCCCACCUCCGCAUCUUUUAUGUAGUCAACCUAAACCACAACCAAAUAAAUAUCCCCGUUCCCCGCCACCAACAUCACGCAGUCCUGAACUGUACAAACCUUCCCCUCAACAAUACUUGAUUGAUGGUGUUUAUUUAUCCGAAGCUGGUAUGAAUCACAUAAAGUCAUUGACAUCGGAACAUCAACAAACAAGAAAGAAAAGAAGAAAAAUGCAUCCUUUAAUUGACAAAGAAGCUGACAUAAUGGCUACUAUAGAAUCUGUAGUUGCCGGUGGCAGUUUAGAUAAUUCUUUAGAAGAAAAUGGAGGAAAAAUAGAUUUAGCCGAUGUUAAAGACGAACCUACGGAGGUACUCAAAGAAGGCAUGGUAUGGACACCACGUGCUGAUCAACCACCACCUGAAGGUUUUAGUAUUUAUACAACUGAAAAUGGCAUACCAAUUUUAAGACGUAAACGUCAGCGUAACUUGCAAAAGUUAGGCAUCGGAGGUUUUAUUGUCAGACUAAGAGGCACUCGCAAAGAUAAAGAGGAAGACGGAGAUCCGGAAAAACCAUCAGAUUCAACGGUUGGUGUAAAUGAUGACAAGCCACGCCGGAAACCACAGAGAAGAAAACCAAAGACAAAACUUUCUGAAUGUUUUCCUCUCUACAUGCAAGAGGCAUUCUUUGGCAAAGAUCUUAUGGAUACGACCAAAGACAAGGAACUGGAAAGUAGCAGUGAAUCGGAUAGCGAACGAAAUAUAUCUGGAAAUGCAGAUACUAUUCAGCUAUCUCAAGAUGAACUGAAGGCUAUGGAGCAAGUUAAAGCUAAACAAGAGAAAGAAGAAGAUAAAGUACCUCCAGAACCACCCAUAAAGCGAGAAGAAAUUAUGGAUGACGAAGGUAGCGAUACAGAAGCUCUUGGUGAUAUCUUACCUAUUUCGGGUGACUUACUGGAUAGCGACCUUGUUAAUACCAUAAUGAAUGAACCGGACGAAGACUUGGCUAAAGCUAGUGAAGCGUUGGAUGAAUUAGAUGAUACACCAGGAACGACUAAAGAUGAACUGACGGACAUUCUUAGUCCACAUUUCAAUUUAGAAUCGAUGGUCAGAGAUACAGGUUUACCCAAUAUGGAUAGUAAAGAUAUUGAAGAAAUAUUUAAAGGAGUUUUAACUGAUGAAUCUCAAGAGUCUCAAGAAUCAUCAGUCUUUUCUGUUCAAACUCAACCCCCACAUCCUGCUUCUUCUACAACACCACUUGUGUCUCCUUCACCGCAUCCUGGUAUACAAACAGCAAUACCUAUACCAAGACCUCAAGUACCUGGUACACUGCCUUCUGUUGGUCAGUCUAACUUAAAUUCUCCAAUGAGUUUUCCACCGCCGUCUCCAUACCACUCGGAGUACAGCAAUAGUCCACAAUUCAGUCCAGCAUUCUCUGAACCAGCAAGUCCAUGGGUCAAUCCUGAGGAUGAGGGUACUUCAGCACCAGGCAAUGCUACAAUCUCAUACAACCAAAGAAGUAAUCUUAAAAUGGAAGCCGAUGAAGCUUUAGGUCCAGGAGCAACUAUAUCUUCUGUACUUUAUGCAAAUAUUAAUCACCCAGAAUGGAAAACAGAAUAUCCAGCCUGGUCAGAAAGGUGUAAACAAAUACUGAAGAAAUGGCGUGCACUACCCAAUGAUAAAAAAGCUCCGUUCCUAACACUGGCUCGGGAUAAUAGAGCUGCAAUUCGUAUGAAAAAGACUCAACAGAUAUCCAAGGAUAUACCAAGCACGACCCCAGUCACUGCAACAAGUGCACCUACCAUCAUCACCAAACCUGUCACAACUAUGACAUCAGCUCAAGUUUCUCCAGUAGUAGCUAUGGCCUCCAACCAAAGGCAGAUCGGACUUUUGACCUCAGUGGGCAGUGAAAAGACACAGGAAAAGAAUGGAAUGACUGUGUCGACAACAGGAGUGACAGUGUCAACAGCUAGCAGUAAUCAUCUUGCGGAGGAGCAAGAGAGACUUUCCAAUAGAGAUCGUUCGAGUAGAGAAGCAGAACAGGAACGUCAGUGGAAACAAUUACAAGCAUUGCGUCAACAGCAAGCGCAGAUACAGCAACAAGUUAUUCACGAACAACGUGUACAUGCUAUUGCCAGAGUUCAUAGACAAAUAAGCGAAGACAAUACAACACAAAUAAAUACUGACAAUACUACAGGAUUAACAACACAAUUACAAGUUUCCACGUCACAGGAUGGAAAUCAUAUGGGGCCACUGGCGUCACCGUCUCCCGGAUCGCGCAAUACAUUUGCGGCUCCC